AGGGUUUGAGCCCGAGGGAAGUGUCGUCCUGCUGCCUUAUAAACAUCUUCCUAGACACCUUGCCUGACACACCAUUAUGGUGCUGAUGGUGAUGAUAGCCAGGGCUUCCGACGGGUUGCCGCUGGCAGCUUCCCUCCAGGAUGACGAGCAGAUGGUGAAAAGUUAACGAGGGGAGUAAGAACUGAAGAUAAAUGUAGGGUGCUGCAAGAAGUCUUCGACAAACUUCAGAUGUGGACAGAUAAAUAGCCAUUGGUAUUCAAGCCAAAUAAGCAUAAAUCUGGCAGGAAUCUUGUGGAGUAUCAAAACCAAGCCAAAAUGCUUUUCAAGAAAAUUACUCCAAACAGCCCAAACAAAUGUUCUAUAGAAACGGGUCCCUACAUCUUCCAUUAUGUUAUUGAGAAUGAAGCCUGUCACUUGGUACUGUGUGAGAAAGGGUACAGUAAAAAGACUGCUUAUACCUUUCUAGAAGAAAUGGCUGCAGAAUUUACAGCUCAGCAUGGUCGAAAAUUAUCACAAGCAACUAGACCAUAUUCCUGCAUAGAGUUUGAUACCUACAUCCAGAAGCUUCGUCGCCAGUAUAGUGAUCAGCGGGGACGCCGUCAUUUACAUCAACUAAGAGAAGAUUUAAAUGAUGUGCAAAGAAUCAUGAUGGACAAUAUAGAUGAUGUCUUACAGCGAGGAGCAACUCUCUCAGAUUUGGAGACAAAGGCAACUGGGCUAUUAAUUAUGUCCAAAAAGUAUCAUAAAGAUGCUCAGUAUCUGAACAUGAGAUCAACUUUCGCUAAGAUUGCUGCUGCUGCUGUUGUUACAUUGGUGUUUGUUAUCUAUUUCUUUGUAUUUUGAAGGCCUUGGUGGUAUAUUUCUUAAGAACACAUUACUGGAAAGUUUAACACAAUUUUUGGUUUAAAAAUAAAAAAAUUAUUACUUAUCAAAAGUGAGUCUUUAAUUUGUUUGUAAAGGUGUAUUGUAAAUUUUCUGAUAUUAAAAGGUCUUUUGAGUGUAUAAGCAGUUAACAUUUCACAAAAGAUGAUUAACUUAAUUUUUUCUACAUAAUGAACUGUCCACCAUUUUAGAUAAGUGGGAAUCUGCUAACUUAGAGGUAAAAACCUAAUGGUAAACGUGAAUAUAUUUUGUCCAUAAGAGGAGAAUAUUUAAGCCUCGGCUCUCCAUUUGCUUAGAUUAUCUAUCCUAUGUUUAUGCACACACCAGUCAAUUUCACAUGCAUCCAUGUGUGGCUAAACUUUUCAAACUACCUGUAUAUAAUGGUAUUAUUUUGUAUUUUGAGCUGAAAUUGAAUGUUGCCUUGAAAAAUAAAUGCUAACUUGCUGAUAGCUUUACAUGUAGAUGUUAUUAAAUAUUUUGUAAUAGGCAAAUGUGAUGGUUCUAAAUAACCACUUUUGAUAACUAUACAGCAUCCAGACAGAUUAUGCAAAUAUAUUUCUUCCUUUUAAU